ACUCGCGCUGAUUCUUGCUCGAAGGCAACAGCGGCCUCACUCAUUUCAAUGAUUCGUUCCCUGUCCAAGGAAUCGAACGACGCUUAUUUCAGGUGGCUCUCGUCUUCUCCUGACUCAGAAGAACUCUUUAGGAUUUCCACCAAAAAGAAUAUCAAUGCUGCUUUGGCAGCUUGCGAUAUGGUCAUCGUCUCGCUGAACUCGAUCGCCGGAAUUUCGGACUGCCCCGAAUCUCCGAAAAAUGAAAAGAAACGUCUUCCAAAAAUCGAGAUGCGGCCUUUUUGCAGAAAAAAUCCAAAAUUAUGGUUCGACCAUCUCGAAAUCAUCUUUGCUUCUUCUGAUGUCCUUCUGGAGAAUCAUCGCUUUGCUGCUCUUCUCAAAUUGCUCGAUGAAACGGCAAGCUCUCUCCUGAGCGAACUGACCAGGUCACAGCGUCCGGAGCUUUACAGUGAAGCGAAAGAUCUCCUAAUUAAAGAAUUUUCUCUUUCUAAAUUCGAUCGCGUUAAAGAAUACAUCUUUAACUCCUCACCUGGUCCAGACGAAAGAUUGACCCACUUUGCCUCUCGGGUGGAGGUUCUCAUGGAGGACAUCUCGAUCGAUGACGUAAAAAAAUUUUGCCUGCUCCGUCACUCUCCACCAGCCGUCCGCCUCCAACUUGCCGGAAGACAGUUUGAGAAGGUCUCACUCGGCGACUUGCUUAAAGAAGCAGACACUCUCACGCAGAGAGCGACGCAGGAUUCGAUGACGGUUGGCCAUAUCCAGGGUGGAAAUCGCAAAAACCAAGCUCGAACAGCUUGGAAGGAGUCGAAGGUCUGCCACUUCCACAAAAAAUUCGGCAAUGAUGCGUAUCAGUGCACUGGAGGAGACAAAUGCCACAUGUGGAACGAAAAGCUGAAGUUGGUUCAAGCCCGCUCCAAGACGUCCGACACUGGCUCCUGGAAGGAGAAGGGAAACGAUUCAGGCAACCCUUCGAGAGG